GGCUUAUAGCCCUCUGUGUGAUAUAGUGUGUGGGGGUGGGGGCUCCGACCUGGGCAUGACCAGUGUGGAAUUGGCCUCAAGCUCAGGGGACCUUCUUGGGAAGGUGGGGAAGGGAGCCAGGACGUCCUCUCUGGAGCAGGUGAGUAAAAGCGUGCGGCCUAGCGGAUACCCCGCCGCCAGAAAUCCCCCAGCAUAGACCCUCCUGGCAGCAGGGCCUGGGGUCGGAUGGGCAAACAAUGGGAUUUAGGCAAACAAUGGGAUUUAGGCGCAGGAGGUUUGAGCCCCCAACCUGGUGGCCGUUGGACACCCUUGUGGAUUUAGGAAGGAAGCUGUGGUCCUUAUCUAGGGUGACUACGAAACUCAGGCCAGGGGGGAACCAAGCCUGCAAGAGCCACAUUGCUGUGGGACUGUGAGCCAGGCCCCUUGCCAGUGUUGUUGGGGCCCCAUCUGAAGGGACACUUGCAUCUUUGCCCAAGCAAAGUGUCCUGAGCUGCACAAUGUCGGGGAGGGGCCAGUGGACUCUGUGCUGCAGGCAGGGAAGGCAGUUCAGGGAAGGAAAUCCGAUCCUAAGGGGUGGGUGAGUCGUGCCUCAGGAUUGCUCAGGUGGCAGGCAUGGCCCAAGCAGCGAAAAAUGCUGGGACCAAGAAUGUAGGGAAAAGGAAGGGACAGAGAGCUCCUGGGGUUAGCUGUGUUUCCUCCAAAGAGAAUUCUGAAUGGUCUAAAGUAGGGGGUCUUGGUGUCUAGUUUGCAUGUUCUGUCUGAUGGCCAGCCAGCCAUGGUGGUAGGACUAAUCCACUGUCCUGGGGAAGACAAAGUUGUAGCCACAACAGGCUGGAGCCAGGACUUUUGGGUCCUGCCCCAGCCUUAGCCUUUAGCCUCCCUCCAGUGUGGGGCUGGACACACUGGAUCUGUUUCCUCUGCUGUCCACCUGAGUCAGGUAUAGGGGAUGGUCUCCAGGUCACCUGUGUCAUCAGGUGAGUAUAGGGACAAGGUAUAGUUUAGUAGUUGCAGGAUGCUUGGGUUCCCUAGCACUCUGUCAGCCCCUCCCUGCCCCAACCCUGUCCUCCCUCUUGGUACAGCUAAUGUGGCUAUUGUCCAUAAGAGGAGCACCUUUGUGGUCCGAGGAAAUACCACUGUCUGGAAACCGUGCUCUUAAUCCCUAGCUCUCCACUGAGCCACCUGCAACCCAGCAGGGUAUGACCUUGGCUCCCAGCCUGACUUAGCUGAGCCUAGAUCCUACAUGUAGGCCAGAGCUCACUCUGAGCCCUGGCUCCCCAAAACUGACCCCUACCCUAGACCGUGCACACCAGAUAGAGCUGAUCUUGAGUACCAGCCCAGCCGAGCUGACUCUGGAUCCUGCAUGCCAGCCAGAGUUGACCCUGAGAUCCAACCUGGCCGCGCUGACCGAGGAUCCUGCACACCAGAGCUGACCCUGAGCCCCAGGCUAGCUGAGCUGACCCCGGGUUCUGCAUGCCAUCCAGAGAUGACCCUCAGUCCUGGCUCCACUGAGCUGACCCUGGAUCCCGCACACCAGCCAGAGGAGACCCCAGCUCCCAACCUGGCUGAACUGACCCUGGAGCCUGUGCACUGCCGACCUGAGCUCCUGGAUGCCUGUGCUGACCUCAUCAAUGAGCAGUGGCCCCGAAGCCGAGCCUCCCGCCUGCACUCCCUGGGCCAGUCCUCAGAUGCCUUCCCCCUCUGCCUGAUGCUGCUGAGCCCCAGCCCCACACCCGAGUCACUCCCCAUUGUGGUGGGUCAUGCCCGCUUAUCACGGGUGCUGGACCGGCCCCAGAGCCUCUUGGUGGAGACAGUGGUGGUGGCCCGGGCUCUGAGGGGCCGUGGCUUUGGCCGCCGUCUUAUGGAGGGCCUGGAGGUUUUUGCUCAGGCCCGGGGCUUCCGCCGGCUGCACCUCACCACCCACGACCAGCUGCAGUUCUACGCCCACCUGGGCUACCAGCUGGGUGAGCCUGUGCAGGGCCUGGUCUUCACCAGCCGACGGCUGCCUGCCACCCUGCUCAAGGCCUUCCCCAGAGCACCCCCUCCCCAGCCACCCUGCAAGCCUCCUAGUCUAACUGCCCAGACUGCCCCAAGAGCCCCCAAGGGGCCGGCACUGCCACCACCCCCUCCCCUGCCUGAGCCCUUGACCACCUCACCCCCACCUCCUGCAAUGCCCCCUCCACGAAGUCUGCUGGAGACGCAGUACCAAGACCUGAGAGGAUGCCCCAUAUUCUGGAUGGAAAAGGACAUCUGAGGGCUACCCACGGGAAAGCACUGUCCUUCAGGGUCGAUGGACUGCUUAGGACAGUACCAGCCUCAGCCCAUUGGCCGUAGCUCAGUCCCUAGAACCUGGAAGCUGCUUGUUUCCUGAGCACCAGCGGGGCUGGGAGAGGCUCCACAGCUGGGGUUCGGAGCUGUCAGUGUGGCUGAAUAAAGGCUUCUGAUGGGUGC